AUGCCAACAGUCAAAGAAUUGAGAAGUAAACUUAGGGCUCUCUGCCUGUGUUCGACAGGCAGGAAAGCUGUCCUCGAGCAGCGACUACAGACAGCCAAGGAGAAGUUCACCCGACGGCCACUGCGAUGCACUCAUGGCAGGAGAAUCGAAGUCGGGGACCCAUCCACAAUGAUUGAGCGUGCCGAAGAGGCCUUAUUGGACUCAGUCAACAAAGAGGAGCUAGUCGCAUUUCAACAGACCGAUCCUCGAGGACCGCUUGAAUGCGACAGAAUCCCGCUUGGCCGACAUCGAGAACAAACUAGAGUUAGCAGAAUGCUCUUCAGAAACCGGUUCAUCAGCACUUACAAAUGGGAUAUACUUUCCAACAACACCGAGAAAGAUAAGGUGACCAUCAGGACUGGAAAUCAUUUUGUGCAUGGAGGGGACUGUAAAAGAGAUGCAGAAUUAUAUGAAGCUCCAGCACUUCGUCUCGAUUUUGUUAUCUACACCAAGCUUUACGGCCUUCAUCCUGGAGUUGUCCGCUCUUCAAUCUCAUAUCGUCCGACAAUUGACCUCCUCAAUAGACACGCUACUACUGUCGCUGACAAGAAUAUCGAGCUUCCUACGAAGUUUAACGACCUGUUUGUCAACUUCAUAAAGGCCCUUGAAACUUCAAAUUUUGAAGAAGGCUAUCUCGCCAACCCAAAGUCAGAUGUUACAGUUGCAUAUUGGGCCUUUCUUCAGUCCUGCCCCUAG